AUGUUAGCUCGCUCGUUAUCAUUGGUCCAAGGCCAAUCGGUCGUGUAUGCAAGUUGUGCAGCACUGUCUUCAACGAAGCCAACUGGUAAACGAAUCAAAACAUUCGAGGUUUACCGAUGGAAUCCUGACAAGAAGGGCUCCAAACCCGAAAUGCAGAAGUUCGACAUAGAUUUGGAUCACUGUGGUUCCAUGGUGCUGGACGCGUUAAUGGUAAUCAAAAACGAACAAGAUCCUACAUUUACCUUCAGAAGAAGUUGCCGUGAAGGAAUUUGUGGCUCAUGUGCGAUGAAUAUCGCCGGGGAAAACACAUUGGCGUGUACCAAAAAGAUCGACACCGACACAAGUAAAGUCACUAAAAUCUAUCCUCUACCUCACAUGUAUGUUGUCAAGGACCUGUUCCUGAUCUGA